CGGCGGGCGCGGCCGUGCGGGCUACGGCUGCGGCGCGUGCCGUGCUUGGUCGAGCGGAGGGCCGGAGCUGUGCCUGGUCGCGUCAGCGGAAGACGCCAGCCAUCGGCAAGCCACAGCCUCUCAGCACGCCAGCAGCUCGGCGCCUCGGCCAGCACGUCGGCGGAAGACACUCGGGUGACCAGCAGGCAGCAACACGCCAGCUGCAGACCUCUCAGAGAGAUGGAAAGUGGGAUAUGUACAUGUACUGUAGUUAAUUUGUCUGGCAGUUCAAGUGCUGAAUUGCUCGCUACCUUCUGUGAUAACAUUCUGAAGAAAGGCUGCAGUGAAAAGCUCAGUGAUGAAGCCAUUGAAGAUGCCCUUGAGAAGGUGGUAAGAUUGCUUGCAUACAUCAGUGAUAAAGACCUCUUUGCUGAGCUAUCUUCCAGGAAGAAACUUGCAAGAAGAUUGCUUUUCGACAAAAGUGCUAAUGCUGAGCUAUCAGUGAUAAGAUUGCUCCUGUGGUGGCUUUUUUUUUCCUCUUUUUUUAAUGGUUUGCCGAGUGUAUUUUAAGGGCACUCGGCAAACCCUCCACUUUUUGCCGAGUGUAUUCCCUCGACACUCGGCAAACUGGCGUUUUUUUUUGCCGAGUGUCGGAUUUCACUCUCGGCAAAAUAGUUUGCCGAGUGCACGAUAGAAAACAGUCGGCAAACAAUUGUUUGCCGGCACGUUGUAC